GUGUUGGAGAGCAGAGAGCCAUGCAGGUCUGAAGUGUGUGAGGGUCUCUCAGUUGAAGCUGCCUCCCUCCCUGGAAGAUGCUCCUGCUGCUCGGUCUGCUUUUAAUCCUCUGUGGAGCCCCGAGUCUGUGUCUGGAGGAAGACACAUCCUUUCUCUUGGAUGGAGACAUCCGUCACUUGGCCGUGGACAGUAACACGGUUUACAUCGCCACUGAAGAGAAACUGUACCAGCUGACCCACGACCUGACCCCGGUCCACAGUCUGACCCUGAGAGGAGUCCUGAAUCUGGACACGGAGGACUUCUACAGAGUUCCUGCUGCCGCUGGCUGGAACGCAACUUUCAGGGUCAAUAUUUUAUUACUGUUUGAGAAGAAUCAGUCUGUGAUCAGCUGUGGUGUGAUCGAUGGAGCGUGUGGAUACUGUGAGAUUCUGGACCUGAACAACAUCUCCAACAUUCUGCACAAGGAAAACUUCCAGGUGGGACCAGCCAAACGCAGCAGCGCGUCCGUCGCGUUUCUGGUGACCCUGAAGAAAAACCAGCUUCGCAGUGACUCUUAUAUUCUGACUGCGAUACAACAGGACGGGUCUGGAGAGGAGAAAUGUCCCUCUGAUUCAGGAACUCUAAACCUUCAUAACACUGAUGACACUUUCCCCGGGGGGAAAAUUUCUACAAACGAGGCAUCUGGCGACCCCACCAUCAAAAGUCCAAGGAACUUGGAGUUCGUGGACGGAUUUCAGAUCAACUCGAUCAUUUAUCUGCUUGCCAAUGAGCCAUCAGACGCUAAAAAAAACCGAGUCCGUCUUUUUCGGUUCGAAGACAAAUUAAAUACAAUGGAGACUCUGAAGUAUGUGAGGAGAGCGACUCUCCUCCCUGGUGGUGGUCGCAGCAGACUGCUGGCCUCCUCGGUCGUCCCGGGUGGUCUGCAGACGCUUUGGAGCGGCGUGUUCAGUGUGGAUGGACGACAAACCAACACCCAGCUGCUGCUGUUUGACUUCAGUCCUGAUCUCUCAGGAGGGCCAGAUUUAGGUACAGUUUUAUACCUUUCCAAGGAGAAAGGGCCAUUAGAGAUGGUACUUGAAAGGACCUCUACAGUUCUGCGUCCUAAGACAGUUCUCCUCAGACAGAGCUCCAUGACCUCUGUUCUGGCAGUGAGGCAGAACAGCUGGAUGGUUUUCUUCAUCGGGACUGGAGACGGGCAGCUCAUCAAGCUUGCUGUGGACAGGAAGUAUCACACCACCUGUCCCAGAGUGCUCUACAUGUCCAACCAGGACCGCCGAGUGUUUCCCAGAAUGCACCUGGAUCCAGUGGAUCAUAAACAUGUGUAUGUGCCAUUUCAAAAUGAGGUGAAGCGUGUGGCUGUAGCAAAGUGCAGCACACACACAAAUGUCCAGGAGUGGUGGACUGCUCAGGAUCCAUACUGUGUGUGGUGUGUCUCCAAAGAAAGCUGCACCUUUGAAGAUGACUGUGAGGACUCCCACUGGCUGUCCAUUCCUCAUGUCUUCCAGCAGAAACUGAUUUCCCACAAAGUUGUUGAAGACGGGACUGGACAGCUCACUCUGAACAUCCAGACUCAUGUGAACGUGAGCAAAGAGACGCGGUUCGCCUGUCAGUUCUCCACAACUGCUGGGGAGCUUUGUAGCCGGGAUGGCCUUCCUCCACAAUGUAAUAACAUCUUUCUUGCUGACAGUGUGUGUCAAACGCUGCAGUCUGAGCUGAACUUUCCUAAGCCUGAGAUCUCCUCCAUCAGCCCCAGCAUUGUGUCUUUCUAUGGAAGAAACCACGCAGUGUUGUCAGGUGGUAACCUCAGCGGUGUGACCGGAGUGAGGAUGCAGGCAGACCUGGACUGUACGCCACAGGAGUCUCCUGUCUGGAACAACAGCGGCUCCAGUUUGACCUUCCACAUUCCCAGAGCAAACCGUAAAGGGACAGUGAAAGCCUGCGUUCUCCUCCCAGACGGCAGUUGCCACGGUGACGCGAGCAUCACCUACCAGCCGUCACCUUCCUGUCGAGACAUUUCACCGAGGAACUCCUGGAUCAGUGGGGGGAGGAAGAUCACACUCACUGGAUCUCACCUGGAGUUUGUGGAGGGGGUCAUUCACAGCCGAGCCCCUCAGGAAGUCCAACCUCCGACUGACAGGAACCAUCAGAAUCUCACCUUCAAGUCACCUGCAGCUACAAAUCCCUCCAGAGUUUCCAGCAGUUCUCUUCUGUUGAAAGUGGCCAAUGAAACCUUGAUCUGCUCCACAAACCUGAUCUACCAUCCAGACCCAGAGUUCACCAGCUUCACAUCCACACAGAGGGGUGACCACGUCCAGAUCACCAUACAGAGAAAAGCAGACAAACUGGAGAUAACACCAGCGGAGUUGUCAGUAUGGGGGGAGCAGGAGGAGAAACGAUACCCCUGCAUCAUGGAAGACAAAGACCCCGGUGAAGAGUUCAACUUUUACUCUUGUGAGAUUCAGAGUCCACCCAGCGCACAGUUCCAGACAUUAAAGAUUAAAUACGGUGACAAGACAGUGUUACUUGCUCCUCCAAUGUUAAUGCCUCCAGUCAUUGUCAUCCUGCGCUUCAUGCUGAUCCCCUGUGUUAUUGCUGCGCUGGUGUUUAUCUGUCUGUGGGAUAAGAAAAUCACCAAUAAGAGGAACAAACACUGA